GCCGGGUUGGCGCAGGCGCACACUCUCCCCCGGCAAUAUGGCGGACACCGCUCCUCAACCCAGCAAGAGAAAGCGCGAACGAGACCCGGAGGAGGCGGAGGCACCCAGCACAGAGGAGAAGGAAGCAAGGGUUGGGAAUGGUACCUCUGCUCCUGUCCGCUUACCUUUCUCCGGCUUUAGAGUGAAAAAAGUGCUAAGGGAGUCUGCGCGGGACAAAAUCAUUUUCCUGCACGGAAAGGUGAAUGAGGCUUCUGGGGAUGGAGAUGGAGAAGAUGCCAUUGUGAUCCUGGAGAAGACGCCAUUUCAGGUGGACCAGGUGGCCCAGCUCCUGAUGGGCAGCCCUGAACUCCAGCUGCAGUUCUCCAAUGAUAUCUACAGCACCUAUCACCUCUUCCCUCCAAGGCAGCUGAGUGAUGUGAAGACCACGGUGGUUUACCCAGCCACAGAGAAGCACCUGCAAAAGUACCUGCACCAGGACCUCCACCUGGUCCGAGAGACUGGAGGCGAUUACAAGAACAUCACCUUACCCCAUCUGGAGUCCCAGAGCCUCAGCAUCCAGUGGGUGUAUAAUAUCCUCGACAAGAAGGCUGAAGCUGACCGGAUCGUUUUUGAGAACCCAGAUCCCUCUGACGGCUUUGUCCUCAUCCCCGACCUCAAGUGGAACCAAAAGCAGCUCGAUGACCUAUACCUGAUCGCCAUCUGCCAUCGCCGGGGCAUCAAGUCGCUUCGGGACCUUACUCCAGAGCACCUGCCACUGCUCAGGAACAUCCUCCGCGAGGGGCAGGUCACAUCUAAGAUCCCAGGAUUAGCUGUCCUGUUCAUGGCAGCCGCAACAUGGUGCAUGACCUGACACAUGUCUGCACGUACCUCCUCCUCCACCCUGAGGGCAGAAACUGGGUUCUCCAGCACCUGGCCUUCUGGGAGACUUCAUUUCUGGGAGAUUUGCUAAAUCGCAUGAAAUUAUAGAGUUGCUGAAAGGGGCCCUGUGGUCAAGGGGAGAUGGGGGAAGAGAGUCUAGAAUCUUGGGUUGUAGUUCUAAUUCUGACACUGUGACCUUAGCCCGCUGGUGACCUUCGGCUGGUCAGUUCACCUCUCUGGGCCUCAGUAUCUUGAAGGGGUCCUUCUGAGUCCAUCAUUCUGUGGGGUUGGUCUCAGCCUUGUUUCCACCCUGAGACAUUGGGUGAUGUGGCUUCCAAGCCAGGGCCCGCUGUCACCAGGGUUCUCCGCGGGGGCGAUGCUCGCCCCAGUUCAGAUUCACCAAGCCCUGCUCCAAGGCUGUGACACCACAGACCUGGAGGAGGGGUUCUGCCUGGGGCCACUGUACGUUCUCCUCUAGCUGCUCCCCUGUCACUGUGCCUACCUGCCCUCUUCCCCCUGCUGCCUGGGUCACCAUCUCCCUGGCUGCCUUCCUCUUUUCAUAGUGACUCGUUACUCUGCUGAAACCACCCCUGGAUGCAGAUCCCCAGGAGAUGCUGGGCCAGCACUUCUUCCUGACUUGGCAGCUCGGGAAGCCUCUCCUGGGCAGGCCAGCCCUGCUGACCCCAGGAAGCCGUUUGGGUGCCCUGGUCCUGGUGUCACCCUGCUGCUGAGAUCCCGUGGGGGGGAUAGCGAGCCUCCAAA